CGUCCGCCAUACCGUUAUGGUCUGACUGCACGGCCGCAAUAUCUUCAGACCGGAGCGCGCGCAUGGGGGCGCACACAGCUUUAUCAGAGGCAACGACACGCUUUCACCGUCCGGUAUAAAAGUCACUUGAGCUUGAGCCAGCAACUGCUACGAGAAAGAGGUGAAAAUGGCUGAGGACAUUAAGACCAAACUUGAGAACUAUAGAACUGCACCCUUCGAUGCCAGAUUUCCCAACCAGAACCAGACCAGGAACUGCUGGUCCAACUACGUGGACUAUCACCGCUGCCAGAAAGCUCUGACUGCCAAAGGACAAGACACCACCCCCUGUGAGUGGUACAGGAGGGUCUACAAAUCACUUUGCCCCAUGUCCUGGGUCCAGAAAUGGGAUGACCAGAGAGAAGAGGGAACUUUUCCCGGAAAAAUCUAAGAUUGCCAUCUCCAAAGCUGUUGGACUGCAAAGAUGUAAUCUGUUCAGCUAAACGUUUGUGUAUGUGGUGGGGAGACCAUGUGGCUCCAUCACCACCUUUCCACUACCGGUGCUCUGUCCUCGGAGUACACUAAAACUGAAUGGUCAUUCCCUCCUAAUUUCAUGAAAUGUACAGAGAAUUCUGCAUUAAAAUAUCUCAGGAUAUAUUUAUGGA